AUGUCGAUGGCAGGGACGAAUCUUUAUGUUUCUGGCCUUCCGCCAGGCUUUAAUGAUGCCCACCUUUUCCAGCUUUUCGAGCGCUUCGGGAGAAUCUGGUCUUCCAGAGUCUGUCCAUCUCGCAGAACGGGUGGCUUCGGGUAUGCCUUCGUCAAGUACGGCGAUCCUUCCCAUGCCGCCGCAGCGAUCAAAUCUCUGAAUGAGUAUGACGUAGGUGGGGCAGUGAUAUCAGUGAAGCUUGCGGACAAUGAUCGCGGCCCACAUCAGUCGGACGGUGGUAAGGGUAAAGGCAAGCUGGAUCCUUGGAACAUCCCCGCGGAUCAGAGUGAGGUCCUAAUCACCGGCCUUCCACGUGACACCGAUGAGGAGUCGAUUCGGCAGAUGUUUAAAGACAUGGGGAGGAUCACCAUGAUAAAGGUCUGCUGUGAAGGGAAGAUGGACGGCCAAGGAUACGCUUUGGCGAGGUUCAGAUACCCGGAAGAAGCGCAGCAUGCAAUACGACAAACGGAUGGCAGCAUACAGAAGGGGCUGACGAUCCGGACCCUCCUGUCGUCCAGUACUGCUGCGAAGGGGGAGGUCAAGAACAUGCUCGAGAGACAGAAUGUCCCGACAGAGAGCUUGUUUGUGAUGGGCCUUCCGCCGGGGAGCACCACAGAAACCAUCACGGCGUUCUUCGGUCAAUUUGCUGGGGUUGCCUUUGUCAAGGUGCUGGACACCAAUGGAAAGAAGGGCGAUACGGUUGCCCUGGUGCGCAUGAACACUCUUGAUGAGGCAGUGUGGUGUUUCGACAGACUGAACGGCCAGGAGACAGCACCCAACCUGCAGCUCAUCGUCCGCUAUUCCGAUCCCCCGAAAGGGGCCAAGGGAAUGACCAAGGGCGUCGAUGAGCUGCAGGCAAUGCCACCUGGGGCGAUGCCGCGAACGCAUGGCUUCAGCUACUCACCGUACGGAGAGGCGAAGGAGGCGCUUCCGAUCGCCCAGCGGCCGGUGAGGAGCUUCACGGGCACAGAUUUCGCCGAUCAGGCAGCCUUCGGCAACAGCAACGGGCCGCCUCCGCCAGGCGGCAGCCUCGCAGCGCUCCUUGGGUCUGCGAGACAGCCAGCCGGCAGCGUGGCCGGCAGUGGCGGCGGAGCGUUCAGACCUUCGAUGAGCCCGCCUCCCAGCAACAGCGGCGGUUGCCAGCUCUGA